AAACUCCUGGGCUCAAGUGAUCCACCUGCCUUGACCUCCUAAAAUGCUGGAAUUUACAGGUGUGAGCCACUGUGCGUGGCCUAUACCAUCUCAAUAUGAAACUAAAAUUAAGUAAUAUAAAAUUAAACUUAUUCCAGAUAUUAAGACACUGUAUAUAUAAAGCAUAAAAUAAAUAUUCAUGCAUUGUGUGGCAUUUUAUUUUCUGAGGAAUGCUUAAAACCCUCUACCAGACAAUCCAGUUAUGCUUAUUAAUGGCCACAUAGUAAAUAUAUAAAGCAGGAAAAAUUGAUUUGUGCCUAAGUCUUAAACUCAAAUGUCUGGAGGCCAGGCAGUUUAUAUAAAUAAUCUAACUGGGUGUAAUUAAAUAGGGUAUACUACCAUCUGUAAAGACAAGGUUGGCAAACUUUUUCUGUGAAAGGCCAAUAUUUUAGGUUCUGCCCAUACAGUCUCUUGUCUUUACAAAAAAAGGAGUUUGCUGAUUCUGAAUCUAAAGAAAUUUAGAAUCAUACAUUUUAGAAAAACUAUGUGUGAUCCUGCAAAACACCUCUCUUGGCUUGAUUUGGCCUGUGUGUGUGUCAUCAUUGUGUCAGAGGCAGAGGUUUUCAACAUGAUGGUGGUGGCGACUGUCAACCCAGAAUGUUCAGAAAAAGAUUUUUCUGUCAUAAUGAUUAGGGGGCUAGGUCCUGUUGGGGACUAGAGAGGCUGACUAUCCUGCACAGCAAGGGACAACCCUAUACAAUAAAGACUUGUUCCAUCCUAAGUGCCUGUAUUACUUCAGUUGAAGACCACUCAUCUAGAGAUUCUUUUAAGUCAAGGGUUGGCAAACUUUUUCUAUGAAUGACCAAAUGGUACAGGUAAAUAAUGUAGUUUUUGCUGAUGCUACUUCAUAACUGUCAUUGUAGCACAAAAGCAAGCAUAAACAGUAUGCAAAUGAAUACAGUGUGGCUGUGUUCAAGUAAAACUUAUUUACAACACAGAUGGCAGGAUAGAUUCAGCCUGCAGUCUGUAAGUUUGCGGACUCUCGUCCUAGGUAAUCAGGGAGCCAUAAUUGUGUAGUCAGAAAACCUAAAACGUUUCCCAGUUCAGCAGUAGUCAGGAGGGGUUGAGUAGAAAGGUAUCAUAGUUUGAAAAAACAUGUUUUUUCACAAUCAUUUUUAAAAGAAAUUUUCAUCUAAGUGUGUUCUUUUUGUUUAGCCAUUUUAUUUCUGCUGGUUGUUAGUCAUUUGGGUUGAAUUUUAUUCAUAAAAGGAAGCAUAGUGUUACAUACUGCUUAAUUUUACUUGAACACCUUGGCAUAUGAAAUAAUUGUUUUAAGCAAGUCGAAGAGUGAAUUUGUUUUAUAUUCCAUUUAAAUAUCUCCUAGAAAGAUAAGAAUUGCCAGCUGCCAGCAGUAGAGUCAGAUUGCAGGUUUAGCUUUUUGAGGGAUUCAGAUUUUUUUCCUUCUUUGUAUAGCAAAUUUAAGUAAAUAUUUACUAGCAAAUUAAAGUGCAAGUUUAAGCAAAUUUAAGUAAGUUACUUAGUGGAAGAGAAUGACAAUGCUAUGUUAACUGUUGGUUUCUUAGAAUAAAAUAUGGAUAGCAAGGGGAUGUGUUUUGCAUGCGUCCAGGAAGAGUUCUAUUCGUGUAAACCUUCUGGGAUUGUAUAUGUUUUCUCCUUUUCUAAUCUUCUUGAGGCCUCAUGAUGAACGUAAGUUGCUUCCUUAGGAUUUUCUGAAAGGCAUCUUACUAAUUAAGUUUUUUUUAAAAAAACUCCUCAAUACUCAGGCUGUUUUAUUUCAACUGGCUUCAUUGUAUUUUUGAUAAUGAAGCAAUUUGGGUUCUAUUACAAAGCCUGUUUUAUGAUUCAGCUCAUUAUAACUAUUCUGGUAUUUAAUUAUCAUGUAAUAUUGUUGAAUCUAGACAGGAAUUUGAUAAAAGGUAGUUUAGAUUAUGUUACUGACUGGAAAGAAAUAUUAAUAUUAUAAACACCACAGGAUAUUAUUAUGAGGCAUCCUUUUAUUCAGGGAGACUGAUAGAAUCAGAAAACUCCAAGAAUACAUUAUGGUGAUGUUCCAGUGUAUUUGAAUUUUAAUUUGAUGCUAUAAUUUGAACGUUUUACACUGUUCAUUUUAGUUUUUUCAUUUUGUUUUACCUAUAUUAAUGGUGUGUUCUACUUCCUAAGGUUGUUUUAUUCUUUUAGAUGUUCAGUAUCAUGCACAUUAUAAAUCCCUGUGGUGUUUUCCAGCUUAACUCCCUUGACAAUAGAAAACAGAAAGUGCUUUUAAGCAUAAUUUGUUGCUUCUCUACUUAAAAAAAAGUACCAAGAGACAAAUUCUCCUGUGUAUAGUACCAUAGCAUUGUUUAUUUUUAAGCCUUAUACUUUUUAAUUCUUUUUGAGAAUUCUUAUGCUUUUUCUCACUUCAGUGGAGAAAUAAAAACAAAAACAAAACCUUACUCACUUUUUUUGUGUAAAAGUAGAUCACCAAUGAAUUGUUUGAUUUUUAUCAAUUAUAAAUACUUUUUAAUUUCUAUUAGCAACAAAGGCAGAAAAAUUUCUCCCAUUGUAAAAUCAGUAAUAUUUUCAGAAAGUCGUCUAUAGAGCUUAGAAAAGACUAUUAUGAUCAAUUAUGAUUUGAUCAUAAUUGUUUGAACCUUGACAGAUUGUGAAUUGGGAAAUGUUCCUGGGCAGUCAGUAAUAUAGCAAUGGAAAAGAAAAAAAAGUCAGGCAAAGUUGGGCUCUUGGCCUGCCUUUAAUUUGUCUUGUAAAAAAUGAGAAUGAUAGUUUUUCAGAGUGUACUCACAUACGAUUCAUAUGAUUCUGUUUCCCACAUUGUGUGUUAGCAAAGGCACUGCACAGUGAAAUAAUUGCUAAUAUGAAAUUCUGGAUUCUUAUUUAUAUAAUAUGCCUUUUUACAACAUUCAAUGUAAUCCUUUAAGCCAAACUUUUUCUUAAAAAUCUCAAAUGUUAUCUAUGAAUAUACACUUGUAUAACUGAUAUAAGUAUAAAUAUACACACACAUAGAUAUGGUUUAUUAUAGGAUGUAAGUUGAUAACUUACAAAAUUUUGAUUUGGAAUGUAGUUUAUAUAACAUAUUCUGUAUGAGGGCCAAAAUUAUUGACAUUACUUUAUGAAGAUGUCUUGAAAAGCAUAGUCUCCUUGUUUUGUUUCCAGUGUAACCUGAUUUUAAGCUAUAUAUUUGGUGUAUCGAAAUACUGGAACAUGUUUAUCUGCAUACAUCCAUUCAGUUCACUCAUUUCUCUUUAUAAGGUCAUCUUUCAUAUUCUUAAGUACUCCUGUCUUAUUAGCCUAGACAGAUAUAGUUGUUUAACUUUCUUUAUAGAGAAUGUAAUUAAUUAUGUCAGCUAUUCAUAUCUCAGUUUCAAAGGUAAUAUAAGAACUUUAUAUUUGACUUUUUACUUUUAAGGGUAUCCUUCCCCAUAAAUAGUUCAUAGUAAGUUCUAUUGUGAUAAAAAUAAUAAUAAAUAUGUUAAGGAAACUUAAAAUACAGAUCUUAGUCUUGUUCUCAUUUAAUUUCAUUGACUGUUCUGCUUGCUGUUUUCUUAUUCACAAUUAAUAAAUUAUAAUUAAUUUAUUAAGCGGAUACUUUAAAAUUAUGACUAUAUCCUAACAAAUUAAUAUUUAGCUAUUUUUCAGUUUCAACUUGCUUUUGCAUGCUAGGGAUUAAAAACAAUAAGUUCUCUUCCCUAACUAAAGCUCCUUUGAAAUUAUUUUAACAUAACUCUGCAAUCUGUUGUAUGUAUUGUUUUCUUUUCUUCCGCUUUGACCACAAAUUCCCUCAGGUCUCCGCUGGUUCAUCCUCCAAGCCAUGGAUGCCGUUCGACUCACAACAGCCCAAUUCACACUGCUACUGGCUCACGACUUACUCAGAACUUCUCUGUGUCUGUUCCCACUCUCAUCUAUACUGGAUUCCCUUCAAUGAAGAUCCCAAUCCCAAUACUCACUCAUCAGGACCCUCAACCCCUCUGAAAAACCAAACCUAUUCCUUUUCACCUUCCAAGUCCUACAGUCGACAGUCCUCUUCUUCUGACACAGAUUUGAGUUUGACACCCAAAACUGCACCUUACCCACAGGGACCUAGGAUUUACCUGUGUCCCAGCUCCCCCUCUCUCUCUUGUGGUUCCCUUCAUCUUAAAAAGUCCUGUCUCCUCCUCUCGGAAUCUAGCCUUAUCCCUCAUCAUUCUAGCCUUGUCAGCCCAGUUCUGAGGAAAAGUGUUUCUUUCAGUGAAGAGCUGUUCCUGGCUGCUUCUGGAAUGGGAAGUGGUAGUGCUGGAAAAGAAGGGGGGCCAUUUAAAGCUCUUUUAAGACAACAGACUCAAUCAGCGUUGGAACAGAGGGGAGGAUCGCCUCAUAGGUUCUGUAGAAGGCGGGAAUUUCCAUUUUUUACCUUGACGGCGUUUCCUCCUGGAUUCCUUGUACACGUUGGGGGUGUAGUUAGUGCACGUUCUGUGAAGCUUUUGGAUCGUAUCCACAAUCCUGCCUUUGUCGGAAUUAUGGGUAACACAAGAUCUUACAAACUGCUAGACUGGAAUAGUUUCAAUUCAGAUGAACCAGAAACUCGAGAUGCAUGGUGGGCAGAAAUCAGACAAGAAAUAAAAUCACAUGCUAAAGCAUUAGGCUGUCAUGCUGUAGUGGGCUACAGUGAAUCAACUAGCAUCUGUGAAGAGGUCUGCAUUUUAUCUGCAUCUGGCACAGCAGCUGUAUUGAAUCCUAGAUUUCUGCAGGAUGGCACCGUGGAAGGCUGUUUGGAACAGAGGCUUGAAGAAAAUUUGCCUACACGUUGUGGAUUUUGCCAUAUACCAUAUGAUGAACUCAAUAUGCCAUUUCCAGCUCAUCUCACAUAUUGCUAUAACUGCAGGAAACAAAAAGUUCCUGAUGUUCUGUUUACAACUAUAGACCUCCCAACAGAUGCAACAGUAAUUGGAAAAGGUUGUCUUAUUCAAGCAAGGUUAUGUCGCUUAAAAAAGAAAGCACAGGCAGAAGCAAAUGCUACAGCUAUCAGUAAUCUCUUGCCAUUUAUGGAAUAUGAAGUGCAUACUCAGCUAAUGAAUAAACUAAAACUCAAAGGAAUGAAUGCUUUGUUUGGACUAAGAAUUCAGAUCACAGUGGGUGAAAAUAUGUUGAUGGGCUUAGCGUCUGCCACAGGUGUAUAUUUAGCAGCUUUACCAACUCCUGGUGGUAUUCAGAUUGCUGGGAAGACUCCUAAUGAUGGCUCAUAUGAACAGCACAUCUCUCAUAUGCAGAAGAAGAUAAAUGAUACAAUUGCUAAAAACAAAGAGCUAUAUGAAAUCAAUCCUCCAGAGAUAUCUGAAGAGAUUAUAGGAUCACCCAUACCAGAACCUAGGCAACGCUCAAGACUUCUAAGAUCUCAAUCAGAAAGCUCAGAUGAAGUUACAGAAUUAGACCUUUCACAUGGGAAAAAAGAUGCUUUUGUUUUGGAGAUCGAUGACACAGAUGCCAUGGAAGAUGUCCAUUCUCUACUUACUGAUGUUCCUCCUCCUUCAGGUUUUUAUAGUUGUAAUACAGAAAUUAUGCCCGGCAUAAAUAAUUGGACAUCUGAAAUACAGAUGUUCACUUCAGUAAGAGUAAUCAGAUUAAGCAGCCUCAACUUGACUAAUCAAGCUCUCAAUAAGAACUUUAAUGAUCUCUGUGAAAAUUUGCUCAAGAGCCUAUAUUUUAAACUACGAUCUAUGAUCCCCUGCUGCCUUUGCCAUGUAAAUUUUACAGUAUCUCUGCCUGAAGAUGAAUUAAUUCAGGUUACAGUCACAGCAGUCGCAAUAACUUUUGACAAAAAUCAGGCUUUACAAACCACCAAAACACAUGUUGAAAAAUCAUUGCAAAGAGCCUCUACAGAUAAUGAAGAACUUUUACAAUUUCCACUGGAACUGUGUUCAGAUUCACUUCCUUCACAUCCUUUACCACCAGCUAAAGAACACCUGGAGAGUGCAAGUUCUAACUCAGGUAUACCAGCUGCACAGAGAGCAACGUCAGUUGAUUACAGUUCCUUUGCAGACAGAUGCAGCAGCUGGAUAGAGCUCAUUAAACUGAAAGCUCAGACCAUAAGGCGUGGAUCAAUUAAGACAACUGUGACAGUUGAAAAAGCAAGUCCAGUGGGUGAUGGAAAUUUCCGGAAUCGUCCUGCUCCACCUUGUGCAAAUUCCACAGUUGGAGUUGUUAAGAUGACACCUCUUUCCUUCAUUCCUGGAGCAAAAAUAACUAAGUAUCUUGGGAUAAUUAACAUGUUUUUUAUUCGAGAGACUACUUCUCUUCGGGAGGAAGGAGGAGUUAGUGGUUUUCUCCAUGCUUUUAUUGCUGAAGUAUUUGCAAUGGUGAGAGCUCAUGUUGCUGCAUUAGGAGGGAAUGCCGUUGUCUCCUACAUAAUGAAGCAGUGUGUCUUCAUGGAGAAUCCAAAUAAAAACCAGGCGCAGUGUCUUAUCAAUGUAAGUGGCGAUGCAGUGGUUUUUGUUCGUGAAUCUGACUUAGAAGUAGUGUCAACUCAGCAACCUACUGCCAACUGCCAAUCAUCAGGUACUGAAGGUGAAGUUACAACCUGAGGAAAAUUAGGAAAAAAGAGCUCAGCUAAAUGAAAUUCAUCUGUCUCUAUUAUUUUGUCAUUAAUUAUCUUCUUAGACUUAAAAUUGAACUUAAUUUUAGAUAAAUAAGGAAGAAUUGAGUAGAUUUGAUUUGCCUGAUGGAGUCUUUUGGAGGCAUGAGAAUUUUCUAUUCUUGACAUUUUGUUUGCCUACAGUAGACAGCCAGGCCCUGUGGGAUCUGAAGGGUCACUUCAGUAAGUUAAGAUAAAUUUUUAAGAGAACUGUAGCAAAGAUGGAAACUUUGUAAUUUAUGUUGAUUUUAAUAAAAUCAUAAUUUAAAAAAUGAAAUGGGAAGAUUAUCAGGAAAUGAGGAUAGCUACUGUAGUGUAAUUUAGGAAGACUAAGCAAGAGAUUUGCUAAUUGUUAGUGAGUAUGCAGUCUGAUUUGAGAAAUAUGUGGGGACAAUGGAGAAAAGUUUUCAGAAAACUACUAUGUAGAUUUCUGAAUGUGUUUUAUUUUGAUGAGGAAUUCAGUAACAACUGGAAAGAAAAAGUGCUUCAGCCAUCUUUUGAAAACAAGUUAAAAUUCUGCAACUUGUAUCUGUAAUACAUCCUAACUCUUGUAAAAGAAAAUAAUUUAUAAUAGCUGGUAUCCUUUCAUUGAAAGUUUUAAUACUGUCUCUAAGGAAGGAGGAAAAAAUUAUAAUUUUGUAACUGGCAACAUUUGAGUUAGUAUUGAAUUUGUCUAAAAGAGGCUUGACUUCAACUGGGAAGAAACUGUCAGUGAAUUUUGUUGAAGUAGUGAAAAUACAGUUGAUCUAAUAGGAACAUAGAAUUAUUUUCUAAUAAUACUACACUCCUACCAAAUAAACAGGAUUUUACUAAUAUCUGAGGGAUUUUUGAUGAUGAGUUAGACUGUAUUUGGCAUAGAAUUUGGAAAUGUAACUUGAAUGUAAAUAUGCUGCAGAAUGUUGAAUGUAUACAUAGAAAUACUUUUUCCGUUGAUGCCAAAUGCCCAUUGUAAAUGAACCUUAAAUACUACAUUCCUCCUUUGCACAAUAAUAUUUCUUUACAAAACUCAUGAUUUUGUUCCCCCACGACAACAUACUGCCCUUAAUAGUCGUUUCCUUGUUAUCACAGGUGUCAAUAUUUUUCUGUGUUUUGUUUAUAAUUUUAUUUUUUAAAUAAAAAGUUUAUAAAAAGAAACUGGAA